CGCAAAAUAAUAAUGUGAUACGAGGUUUUUAUCUGAAGAGUCACUUGACAAAUCGAACACUUAUUGCCUACUGAAAGAACACUUGAUGUUUUCAGUUUUGUUGUAGAAUUCCUAUCAAUAUCUGAUGAUGUAGCUGAAUGAGUGUUCAGUUCACACGUUGGCAUUUGAACAACAUUGUUAGAAUCUUUCUAAAUAUUGUGUUUUCCCAGUUAUGUCAUUGUUCAGUAUAAAAUUGACUAAAGUUUAUUGUUGCAAUGGAAAGUGCUGAGUUGCAGAACUUGGAAUAGAAGCUUCAGUCACCUUAUGAAAUGUUGGGAUUGCUUUUUGUGAUAUUCCUUAUUCCAUCCUACUUCACGUAUGCAGUUGACAAUGAGCUUUCUUAUGACACUUCCUCGGCAUUUAUGGAAGAUUUCUACCUGGAAAGUAUACGUCAUCAACUUAUGACUGAUGAAGAUGCAUUCCUCAAACGGUGUCUAACUAUUUAUGACCCAGGAGACAGGGUUCAGUUCAUGCUGUAUACGCGGUAGAGAGUCGGUCACUGUUUUCGAAGAGCUAUUCCUAGGGAACCUGACGAGCAUAGAAGAUUCCAAGUUCAACAAAUCCAAGGAAACAAAAAUAGUCGUUCAUGGUUGGCUGAGCAAGGGAUACAUGAGGUUCAGUAGAGACAUACGGAUAGCAUAUCUCCAGGCCCAGGACUGCAACGUGAUAAGCGUGGACUGGCCGAGUAUGACCCUGUACACGAUUGCUAGGCUGAGUGUUGGCAGUGUGGCCGAAAAACUGUCGCAGUUUCUGAAAUUCGUCAUCAACGAAGUGGGAGUAGACCCGCAGACCAUCCACCUGCUGGGGCACAGUCUGGGAGCCCAUAUUUGCGGCAUAGCGGGCAGUAGUCUGCACAAUAUUACUCUCCCAAGAAUAACAGGUUUGGAUCCAGCCAGUCCUUUGUUCAGCAGUAAGCCGCAGUAUCGGAUAGAUGCCUCGGACGCCGAUUUGUGGACAUAAUCCACAGCAACGGCCAUUGGCUCGGUUACUAUCCGCCCAUUGGACAUGUCGACUUCUAUCCCAACGGCGGAGCUUUUGUGCAGCCGGGCUGUGGCUACGAACUAGGCUACUGUUCACACUGCAGAUCAUACAGGUUCUACAUUGAAACAAUAAUCAACCAUGGGCCUGGCUUCCUUGCAGCCAAAUGUGAUGACUACGAACAUUUCAAAGAUGGAAAAUGCUGUUCGGAUGUCACCCAAAUGGGAGAAAACGUUGAUCGCAAGGCCAGAGGAAUGUAUUUUCUAUUCACCAAGGAUGAGAUUCCUUACGGAUUGGGCAAUCAGAGCAUACCAGCACAAUGUUGGAACCAGUCACACACAAUUUUAUGAUCACUAGUCUUAUAAUAUUGUGCUUAUAUCCUUAAAUUACCAUCUAAGAUUUAUGUUUUUGUUGUAAUAUUGUGCUUAUCAAUAAAUUAUCAUCUAAGAUUG